CUCUGCUGGGGGAACCUUGCUGCGAAGGCACCUUCCUGUCCUCGACUCCGCCCCCUCCAGAGGGGCUCGGCUUGAGAAUUCAAGAUGGAGUCGCUGAGUCGAGCUGGGCAAGAGAUGAGCUUAGCGGCUCUGAAGCAGCACGACCCCUACAUCACCAGCAUCGCAGACCUCACGGGCCAGGUGGCUCUGUACACCUUCUGCCCCAAGGCCAACCAGUGGGAGAAGACUGAUAUAGAAGGGACCUUAUUUGUAUAUCGAAGGUCAGCUUCACCUUACCAUGGUUUUACCAUUGUGAAUCGAUUGAAUAUGCACAAUCUUGUUGAACCAGUGAAUAAAGAUUUGGAAUUUCAGCUCCAUGAACCAUUUCUUCUGUAUAGAAAUGCAAGCUUGUCAAUAUACAGUAUCUGGUUUUAUGACAAGAAUGACUGUCACCGCAUAGCCAAACUCAUGUCUGAGGUGGUAGAAGAGGAGACACGGCGCUCCCAGCAAGCUGCGCGGGAUAAGCAGAGUCCCAGCCAGGCCAACGGUUGCAGUGAGCACAGGCCCAUCGACAUCCUGGAGAUGCUCAGCCGAGCCAAGGAUGAGUAUGAGAGGAAUCAAAUGGGCGACUCGAAUAUCUCCAGUCCUGGGCUACAGCCAAGCACUCAGCUCUCCAAUCUGGGAAGCACCGAGACUCUAGAAGAGACGCCAUCCGGGUUACAAGAUAAGUCUGCUCCAUCAGGACACAAACACCUGACGGUGGAAGAAUUGUUUGGAACCUCUUUGCCAAAGGAACAGCCAACAGUUGUGGGUCUGGAUUCAGAAGAAGUGGAGAAGCUGCCAGGAGAUGCCCCUCAGAAAGAACUCAGCUCAUUCCUACCAUUUUCCUUUGAGCAGUCAGGAGGGACUCCUCGGUCAGAAAACCCGCGUGCCCAUCCCGCUGCCCACCACUCAGCCCAACCUGAAGUCACUGCCCCGGUGCUAAUCACUCCUGCCUCCAUCUCACAGUCCAAUGAAAAGCAGCUCCCAAGCUAUGCGAUCCCAUUGCACCCUGGGCUCAGCCCCACUCUACCAGCAGAAGCUCCUACUGUACAGGUUCCCCCCUGCUUACCCCGAAACACCACCAUGAUGCAGGCAGUGAAGACCACGCCAAGACAGAGGUCUCCACUCCUGGGUCAGUCAGUCCCCGAGCUGAGCCAUGCCAGUCUGACUGCCAGUCAGAGCCCCUUCAGGGCCCCUCUGAGCGUGACAAAUACUGCUGGGACAACCCUCCCAAGUGUUGAUCUUCUCCAGAAACUCAGGUUGACCCCACAGCAUGACCAAAUACAGACACAGUCGCUUGGGAAGGGUGCAGUGGCACCCAGCUUUCCUCCAGCAGCUGGCCAGCUGGCCACACCUGAGAGCUUCAUAGAGCCUCCUCCUAAGACAGCAGCAGCAAGAGCCUCCACCGCCCUGAGCAACAUGGUGCUUGCUCCCCCUCAGGCUGUAGGUCCCCCCCUGGUUACUACCGCUGUAGUGUCUUCAGUGCUGCUGUCCCCGAGUGUUUUCCAGCAGACAGUGACCAGGGCCACAGACCUGGAGAGGAAAGCAAGCUCCCCUUCGCCUCUGACAGUUGGAACGUCGGAAAAUCAGAGAAAGCCUUCCAUCAUUCUCAGCAAGUCUCAGCUCCAGGAUACAUUAAUACAUCUAAUUAAGAAUGACUCCAGCUUCCUCAGUACACUUCAUGAAGUCUACUUGCAGGUUCUGACCAAGAACAAGGACAACCACAACCUAUGACUGGAGCAGAAACCAGCCUGAAAACAGAAUAUCAACCUCAGAAACAAAUAGGCCUCAUCAUGAGAACUUCUGAACAGAACAUUGAGUUUCUAGAAUCCUGAAAUUGAGCCUAUGAGAAAGAGACUCAUUCCUUAAGAAUGUUUUCCAAGUGACGUUCUCAGUGAUAAUGGAGGUUUCACUGUGAAGCAUCACCAGCAGACCUUUGUUUUGACAAAAAAAAAAAAAAAGACCAUUGUGUUAA